CGCACCUAAACCAUCCUGCGCUGAAAGGUCAGUUCGAGAUUUAUUGUUUUAACGUCGACAUUUUUUCAUCAGAAAAUGUAUUUCAUUUCAUUGAGAGCUAGAUAAGCCGAAGAGAUAGGACGGCAUUUUGGCAGAUUUGCAAUUGGGUCUAAUCCGGAACAAUGGCGAAAAACCUCAGGCGGCUGGUCUAUUUUGUGUUGCUGACUUGCGUCUCGGAUUUAAUUUGCGGUCGACUACAAUACGUGAUUCCCGAAGAAAUGGAGCGCGGUGCUUUUGUUGGGAAUAUCGCGGAAGAUUUAGGCCUAAGCAUUGGAGAGAUGUCAUUUCGCAAAUUUCGGCUCGUCUCUGACGACGGAAAGCAAUCACUGAAGGUGAACAUGGAGAAUGGUAUUCUAGUUGUGAACGAGAGAAUUGACAGGGAAACUCGCUGUGGAAAAAGAGCGACUUGUUUUGUUUCUCAGGAUGUAGCGGUAGAAAAUCCAUUGGAAAUGUACCAUGUCGACGUGGAAAUAUUGGAUGUAAAUGAUAAUUCGCCCACAUUUCUCGAAUUCAGAUACACUUUACAGAUAUCUGAGUUAACUGGAGCAGGAGCUCUUUUUCCACUCGAGACUGCGCACGAUGCGGAUGUGGGUACAAAUGCAGUAAAUAGUUAUGAAAUCAGCACAAACAAGCACUUUGGUUUGAAGACUCACACCAGAAGCGAUGGGAGUAAAAUUGCAGAGUUGAUGUUAGAAAACCCCUUAGACCGUGAGCAAGACGCAACUUUUCACCUGACGCUGACGGCCAUUGACGGUGGAAUUCCUCGAAAAUCUGGUACUGCAGAAAUAGUCAUCACUGUACUAGACGUAAACGAUAAUGCCCCAGUAUUUGAUCAUCAGUUGUACAGGGUUAACGCAUUAGAAAGCUUACCUAAAGGUAGCUUGAUCAUAACGUUAAAUGCUGUUGAUUUAGACCAGGGAACAAAUGGCGAAGUAAAGUACUAUUUAACCAGCCACGUUUCUCAUAGGGUGAGGGAGUUGUUCAGUUUAGACUCUGAAACUGGACAUAUCAGAGUUCAAGGAUCACUGGACUAUGAAGCGGAGAAAGUUUACCAACUUGGAAUACAAGCUGUGGACGAUGGCAUGCCUGCAUUGGUUGGACGCACCGAAGUUCUUGUUGAAUUAAUUGACAUUAACGAUAACGCGCCUGAGUUAAAAAUAAGUUCGCUAUCCAUUGAAAUACGCGAAGAUGUUACAAGUGGGACUGUGAUCGCUAUAAUAACCGCAAUCGAUCGUGACUCCGGCGAAAAUGGACAAGUGCAAUGUCAGUUGCAACCAAAUAUUCCUUUUAAACUUCAAAGAUCUUCAGACAAACAAUACAGUUUAGUGGUCAGCGAUACGCUGAAUCGCGAAAUCUCUCCUUUCUAUAACAUCUCCAUUUCAGCCUGGGAUGCAGGGUCACCCCCUCUUUCUACGAAUAAAACUAUCCACAUUUCGGUUUCUGAUAUAAACGACAAUGCGCCACAAUUUACACAGUCGUUAUAUCAUGUGUUCUUGAUGGAAAACAAUGCUGCUGGUGCAUCAAUAUUUGCCGUUACCGCUUUAGAUCCUGAUUUGGGCAAGAAUAGCGAGAUAUCGUAUUUCUUAUUGGGCAGUUUCAUGCAUAAAACUGGCGACUUUCGUGUUGGCUCCGAAAGUGGGCACAUUUACGCGCUCCGCUCUUUUGAUUACGAAAUACAGAAAAAUUUUCAGAUAAACGUUCUGGCUCAGGAUUGUGGAACUCCCUCACUGACCAGCACUACUCUCGUGAGUAUUGUUAUUCUGGACCAAAAUGACAAUAUGCCAGUCAUAGUAUCACCUUCAAACGACAACAGUCCGUUUGUGAUUGUACCAAAGUCUGCAAGUCCCGGAUAUUUGGUGACCAAAGUAAUUGCUACUGACGCAGAUUCCGGACAGAAUGCACGACUUUCCUAUCAGCUCAUUGAAGCUACUGAUCACAGCGUGUUUAGCGUGGGAUUUACCUCUGGCGAAAUUAGAACAAUUCGAAAAUUUAAGGAACAAGAUGUUGUUAGACAGAUUAUUGUAGUUUCGGUCAGUGACAAUGGACAGCCGAGCCUCUCCAGUACAGUCUCAAUUCAGAUUACAGUCCAAGAAAACGUUACUGAAAAUACCUUUGAACAAAAAAUCAAACCUAGAAAUCCAGAAUUAUUUUCAGAUUUAACUUUUCUGUUGAUCAUAAUUUUUGGAUUAACUUCCUGCAUAUUUCUGUUAAUAAUACUUUUUCUGAUCAUUGUGAAAUUCAAACAAGACCGGAAUAUUUGCUGUUGCAUGUCCAGAAUCUGUUACUACGGACAGAGGAAUUCAACCGAUGCCCCUCAAAGUACAGCAGUUCCAACAGCAAAUUUAAAUUAUCUAGAUUCUGUUCAAACUCUGCCUAUUCGGGAAUCAUAUAAUUACACCGUUUGCCUCUCACCGGAAUCCUCUAAGAGCGAUUUUUUGUUUUUAAAACCGUGUCACCCGAAGUUGCCUCCGGAUGAUAUUAAUAUCCGUGACAUCGAGCGGAAGUGGGUGUGGGACCUAGAGAACUCCGCGGAAAUCCACGCAGGCACGGCGAGAACGCGCAAAACAACAAAGACGGCCACAGAAGUCUGGAAUCGAAACCGGGUCCAUGGAACUAUGAAGCAAUACUGUGUCAAAUAUGGCCUUGAAGCUAACGGUAGUCACUCUGAACUCACUUCCGAUAUUCGGCUUUUUUUUUUCUAUGUGCAUAAAGUUAUCCAUAAUAAAGUGGUCAGCGUCGUUGCAAGCCCACUAAAGCACAGUUGUUCCGAGAGAUCUACCCCUCCUUCACCUCUAAUCGGACUCGAACAAGAAGACAAAGAACCUCUGCAGCUAAGUAUUGCGGCGUUGUUCUUCAAGGCGGAGCAACAAAAUAACAUGACAGAGGAGCAGAGCAUUAGCGCAGCAUCGCGCACUCUGCUUAAUUUAAUUCGCUUAGUUCUCGUGAUUGAUGUCGUUUUUGGACAAAUUCAGUAUUCAGUUCCCGAGGAAAUAGAGCAUGGAGCUUUCGUGGGGAACAUUGCUAAAGAUUUAAAUUUAAAUAUCAGGAGACUGAUUGCUCGGAAAUUUCGUCUCGUCACUGAUGGCACGAAUAAAUACUUCGAUGUAAACUUACGAAACGGGAUUUUAUUUGUUAAUGAAAUAAUUGACAGAGAGCAAAUCUGUGGACAUAUUUCAACCUGCGUAAUUUCAUUUGAAGCCGUGAUGGAAAAACCAUUGGAAAUAUACAGGGUUGACGUGGAGGUAAGAGAUAUAAAUGAUAAUUCACCUACUUUUGCAAAGGGCAAGAUUUUCGUUGAAAUCGCUGAAUCAUUUGCCCCAGGAGCGCGCUUUCCUCUGGAGGGCGCACACGAUUUGGACGUUGGCACCAAUUCUGUCAGCGCCUACCGGAUCAGUUCGAAUGAAUACUUCGAUCUCAACACACCAACACGAAGUGACAGCAGUAUAAUUGUUGAGUUGUUAUUGGAGAAGUCCUUGGACCGAGAAAAGGAAUCGUCGUUUCAUCUUGUACUGACGGCGAUGGACGCUGGGAAUCCGGAGCGAUCGGGUACAGCUGAAAUAAUAGUUACAGUUCUGGAUGCUAAUGACAACGCGCCUGUGUUCGAGCACGAAAAAUAUGAAGUCAGCCUAUUCGAGAAUGUCUCGAAAGGCUUUCUGGUCAUCCAGCUCAAAGCGAAUGAUGCAGAUGAAGGUACGAAUGCUGAGGUACAAUACUUAUUCAAUACACAUACUUCUCAAAGAGUGCGUCAGCUGUUCAGGCUGAAUGCAGAAAGUGGAGAAAUCGAAGUUCAAGGUGCUCUAGACUUUGAAGAUUCAAUUGUUUACGAAAUUGAAGUACAAGCUACGGAUAAAGGCACCUUAGCACUGGCGGGACACACUCAAGUCCGGGUCACAUUAAUUGAUGUCAAUGACAACGCUCCCGAAGUUAAAGUGACCUCAGUAUCCAACGCAAUCCCCGAAAAUGCGACAUUAGGUACUACAAUAGCUAUAAUUAGUGUAACGGACAGAGAUACUGGAGACAAUGGGAGAACUGAUUGUCAAGUGCUUAUGAACAUUCCUUUUAAACUCCAUGAAUCUCUAAAGAACCAGUAUAAGUUAAUUACCAGUGGCAUACUAGAUCGUGAAAUGGUUCCUUUGUACAACGUGACCAUCGUAGCCUGGGACGCUGGGACUCCAUGUCUUUACACAAAUAAAACUAUAGUGGUGUCCGUAACAGAUAUAAAUGAUAAUGCGCCAAGAUUUACGCAAUCUUCAUAUGCUGUAUAUGUGAAGGAGAACAAUGCUCGGGGUUCUUCAUUUUUUACAGUUACGGCUUUGGAUCCUGAUUUUGGAGAAAAUUCGCGCGUAUCCUAUUCUCUUCUGGGUAACCAAUACGAAGAUGUUUCAGUUCCGAAUUAUAUUGAUAUUAAUUCCAACGAUGGCAAUAUCUAUGCGCUACGUUCUUUUGACUAUGAAGAAAUAAAAAGCUUUCAAGUUCGCGUGCAAGCAACGGAUAACGGAAUUCCUAAAUUGAGUAGCAGCACUACUCUUACUGUGACUAUUCUUGAUGAAAACGACAAUGCUCCCGUAAUUAUUUUUCCUUUAGUGAGAAAUGGUUCAGCUACAUUGCGAAAGGUACCUCAGUCAGCAUUUCCUGGAUAUUUAAUUGCCAAGGUAGUCGCGUCCGAUGCGGAUUCUGGACAGAAUGCAAGACUUUCCUUUCAAUUACUUGGAGCAACUGACACUGGCCUGGUCAGCUUAGGGUUUCACUCUGGGGAAAUCAAGCUAGCACGGGCACUUACUGAUAAAGAUCUCACUACACAACGUCUGAAUGUCCUCGUGAAGGAUAACGGAGAGCCAAACCUUUCGAACAGGGUCUCCCUUUACUUUUCAAUAAUGAGCAGCGCUAACGAAACAUUCGUUGAAUCUCGUGACUUGCUCAAGAAAACCGAAUACUUCUCAGAUUUUAACUUGUAUUUAAUAAUUAUUCUGGGGACAAUUUCCUUGAUAUUUUUUGUGACAAUUAUCGUCCUUUUUGUCGUUAAAUUGCGUCAAGGUACAAAUGUUCGUGGUUACAAUUCUGGCUUUUGUUGUGCGCGUUCAAAUUCUCUGGAUACUUGCAAUCAGAGACAGAUUCCAGGAGAAUAUCUGAACUAUCUUGGAGAUAAUCAGACAAUCUCCGUUCGUGAUCGUCAGCACUACAGGAUGUAUUUAUCCGCAAGUUCGCCGGGGACUGACUUUUUCUUCAUGAAACCUUUCGAUGCAACUUUGCCCUGUAGUGCAGUGAAGGAUGACACUAUAAACAACUCGACAGAGCAACCUAAGGAAACAAUUGCGUUGAACGAUAAGUAUUGCAAAAGGGAACAGUUAAAUAUACGUAGCCAAGAUUGUUUCAAAUAUUUUUUAAGGUUUGGAACAAUCAUAGUAGCAAAAGAAAUGAAACAACCCAGCAAUCGCUUGUUGCCGAUAUCGACCAUCUUUCUGCUUUGUGUUUGGAAUCUGGUUUCCGGGCAGAUUCGUUACUCCAUUCCCGAAGAACUGCAACAUGGUGCCUUCGUCGGAAAAAUCAGAGAAGAUUUGAAUUUGACAGUGGAGGAACUAUCACGCCGUAAAUUCAGAAUCGUAUCUGCCUCUUCAAUGCAAUAUUUGGAUGUAAAUCGCAAGAGUGGAAUUUUAUUUGUUAAUAAAAGGAUAGACAGGGAACAUAUCUGUGGACAGAGUGCUACGUGUUUAUUGUCUCUGGAAGCAGUACUUGAAAAUCCUGUAGAGCAGUACCAGGUCGAAGUUGAGAUUGUCGAUAUUAAUGAUAAUUCACCGAGCUUUUCGAAUAGUGAAAUUCGUCUCGAAAUUGCAGAAUCAGCGAUGCCUGGAGGGCGCUUUCUCCUAGAGUACGCGCACGAUCUUGACGGAGGAAAUAAUUCUGUCCGCACAUACCAGCUCACACCAAAUGAAUAUUUUACUUUAGAUGUGCAAAGUCGCGGCAGACACAAAGUACCCGAAUUAGUGCUGGAGAAUUUUCUCGACAGAGAAAAACAAGCAAAUCAUCGGCUAUUGCUCACAGCUUUUGACGGGGGAUCUCCAGAAAGGACAGGUAUCGCACACAUAGCUAUUAUAAUCUUAGACACGAAUGAUAACGCCCCGGUUUUCCGACAGUCAUUCUAUACUGUCAGUCUAAUGGAAAACGCCCCAACUGGCUCUUUAGUGAUUAAACUGAAUGCCACUGAUUUGGACGAAGGGCCUAAUGGUGAGGUGGUUUAUUCUUUUAGUAGCUACAAUGAGGAAAGCGUAUCAAACAUGUUUACGAUUGAUUCAAUGUCCGGUGAGAUACGGGUGAAGGGAAUACUGGAUUUUGAAGACACAAAUAAUUAUGAGAUUGAUGUUGAAGCUAAAGACCGGAGUCUACCACCACUAUUUGCUCAUUGUAACGUGCGAGUGGAGAUCAAAGAUGUCAAUGACAAUCCGCCUGAUUUACUUCUCAAUUCUAUCUCACGGACAAUCAGUGAGGAUGCUCCAGUUGGAACUCUGGUAGCAUUGAUCAGUGUAACAGACCGAGAUUCCAACAAAAACGGACACACAGAUUGUCUGAUCUCUCCAAACGUCCCUUUUGAUCUGAAAUCACCCUUUAGGAAUUCUUACAGACUGAUCACAAAUAAAGUGUUGGACCGAGAAAGUAUCCCUCAAUACAAAAUCACGGUCACGUGCACGGACCGCGGAUCCCCUUCACUCUCCACCAACAAAACUAUCGUUGUGCAGAUUUCCGAUAUAAAUGACAAUGCGCCACGCUUUACACAGUCUUCAUACAAAAUCUACGUGACAGAAAACAAUGUGCCUGGAAGUUCCAUCGGAUCAGUGACAGCUUUUGAUCCUGACAUCGCUCAAAAUUCACAGAUUACGUACAUAAUUGUGGAGAAGCGUUUUCAGCAGUUCCCGGCGUCUUCAUACGUUUACAUCAAUCCGAACAAUGGCACUAUAUUUUCAAAACACUCAUUUGACUACGAACAGCUUAAAAGUUUUCAGAUCCACGUUCAAGCACAAGAUGCUGGAUUGCCGUCACUUUCGAGCAAUGUUGCUGUGAAUGUGAUUGUCCUUGAUCAAAACGACAACCGUCCUAUUAUAAUAUCACCUGGAUCAGAAACACGUACCAAUUCAAGUGUGCCUCGAUCUGCAGACCCAGGAUAUUUGGUAACCAAGAUCAUUGCUUCCGAUGCAGAUUCUGGUCAAAAUGGACGACUUUUCUAUCUAAUUAUACAAUCCAGCGACCCAGGUCUUUUCAUAAUUUCACGUAAUUCGGGAGAAGUAAGAAGUGUUCGGCGAUUCAAAGAUAGCGACGCCGAAACUCAAAGGUUGAUUAUUCAAGUGAAAGAUAACGGAUACCCACCUCUCUCGGCCACAGCCACUAUUACAUUGACAAUAGUUGAGGAAAGCAUAAACAUUCAAACGGAUGUUAGUGAAUCCAGCAAGGGUUUCCGAGAUUCAGAGAGACUAACCUUUUACAUCAUUAUAUCUUUGGGAGCAACGUCAUUUGUUCUGCUAAUUGUUAUCAUUGUCCUUGUCGUUGCUGUCUGCCCAAUGGGUGGAAGUUCUGCUCAUGGUCGAGUUUGCUCUCUUUCUGAUUGUUGCUGCAGUAGAGAAUUGGAAUAUCAGAGUUCGGGUGUCAAUCUUCAAAACGUACCGGAUUCCAAUUUAAUUCCAAAUAUUCUAGAAUUCCGUCGUAAUGGAUCCUUUUCAGAAAACUACCGAUAUAAAAUCCGCUCAACGCCGGAACCAGCUGAAAUGAUUUUCACGAAGUUCAGUCCACAAAUACCUAGAACGAUUGAAAGGAACGCGAUGGAUGCUUCACAACAGAGUGGAAAACUGACGAAUAAUUGGUCUGAUAUACCCAAUGAGUCAACUGAAAUUAAUGUUUUGGCUCGUAAUGCAGGACAGUUGAUUCAGGAGCUGAAGUUGACCACGUGGCUUCUAAAGCCCGGUAGUCCAUUAGCAUUAAUGAGGGCCAAAAGACACAUCCCUGCAGAGGAAAUGACGCACAGAGACGGUUUCUUUCUGGGCAAAAAGACAGCGAUACCGUCCAUUUUGCUGCUCUGUGUCUGGAACCUGGUUUCGGGGCAGAUUCGUUACUCCAUUCCUGAAGAAUUAGAACAUGGGGCUUUUGUAGGGAAUAUCACGAAAGACUUGGGAUUCAAUUCACAUGAUCUCGCAACUCGCAGGAUCCGGAUCACCCCACAAGCGCCGUUGCAAUAUUUCGAUAUAAAUCUUCAGAAUGGAAUCUUAUUCGUGAAUAAAAGAAUAGACAGAGAAAUACUCUGCGGGCAGAGCCUUACCUGCUUAAUGCCUUUGGAAGUGGAAAUUGAUGGUCCUGUGGAACAGUAUGCCGUCGAGAUCGAGGUUAUUGAUAUAAACGAUAACUUUCCCAGAUUUUCAACCAGAAAAAUCCAUUUGGAAAUUGCGGAGUCGGUCACACCUGGAACCCGGUUUAAUUUAGAAGCUGCACAGGAUUCUGAUGCAGGAAGCAAUUCCGUGCAGAUGUACCAGCUCACCCCCAACAAGCAUUUCUCUUUAGAUGUACAGAACCUUGGGAAAUGGAAAAUACCUAAAUUGAUGUUACAGAAGUCGUUGGACCGCGAAAAAGAAUCAUCCCAGCGUUAUUUGCUCACUGCUAUUGAUGGCGGAGUCCCCCAGAGGUCAGGGACUGCUGAGGUAACUAUCAUUAUCUUAGAUGUUAAUGACAAUGCACCAGUUUUCCAACAGUCCUUGUACGCUACUAGUUUAGUCGAAGAUGCUAGACCAGGCACUUUAGUCAUUAAGCUUAACGCGACAGAUUUGGAUGACGGGUCCAAUGGCGACAUUGUUUACUCUUUAAGUGGCUACGGUGAGGAACAAAUAGCCGAAAUAUUUAAUAUUAAUCCGAAAUCAGGAGAAAUCAGUUUAAAAGGAAUAUUGGAUUUUGAAGAAAAAAAUCUUUACGAAAUACACGUGGAAGCUAAGGACAUGGGGGCGCAGUCAUUAUCCACACGUUGCAUUGUUCAGGUGGACAUCAAGGAUGUUAAUGAUAACGCUCCGGAUUUGAUUCUAAAACCAAUUUCCAGCACAGUCAGUGAGAAUGCUCCCACUGGGACUUUGUUAGCGAUGGUGGGUGUUACUGAUCGGGAUUCUAAUGAAAACGGACGUACAAGUUGCUAUAUCUCCCCUGAUGUCCCAUUUGAACUGAAACCUUCAUUUAGGAAUUCUUACAGACUAACCACGAAUGACGUUCUGGAUCGGGAACGUGCCCAGGAAUUCGCAGUUACCGUGACAUGCGAAGACGAGGGACGCCCUCCACUAUCCACAAGCAAAACCAUGACUGUGCAUAUUUCAGAUAUAAAUGACAAUGCGCCCAGCUUUACGCAGACUUCACAUACGCUCUACGUUACCGAAAACAAUCCAGCUGGACAUUCGAUUGGAUCGGUAUCAGCGUUCGACCCCGAUUCUGAACAAAAUGCCCAGAUAUCUUAUAGACUUCUGGACACCAAUGUUCAGGGGCAUCCAGUGUCUUCAUAUGUUUCAAUCAACUCAGAAAAUGGCGCUAUCUAUUCACAACGGUCCUUUGAUUACGAGGAGUUGAAAAGUUUUGAGUUCCGUGUUCAAGCUCAAGAUGUGGGACUGCCAGUGCUUUCCGGGAAUGUAACUGUAAGUGUGAUUAUUCUCGACCAGAAUGACAACGUCCCUGUCAUUACAACACCUACGCCAGUGAACUACAGCAAGACAACUGUACCUCGAACUGCGGAUCCAGGAUUUUUGGUAACGAAGAUAAUUGCUUCUGAUGCUGAUUCCGGGCAGAAUGCACGUAUUUCCUAUCAGCUCGUGCAAGCUACUGACUUGAGUCUAUUUGCAAUUUCACAUAAUUCGGGAGAAAUACGAAGCGUUCGUCGAUUUAAAGAUGAUGACGCGACCAUACAAAGACUGGUCAUUCAGGUGAAGGACAAUGGAUACCCAUCUCUCUCUGCUAGUACCACGAUCACACUCAUUAUCUCUGAACAAAAAGAAGAAUUUCGGUCAGACGUUGGCGAUCUUCACCAAGAUUUACAACAAUCUUCCGAUUUGGCAUUUUAUAUAAUAAUCUCUUUGGGAAUAACGUCCCUCUUGCUCCUUAUUGUCAUAAUCGUCCUUGUUAUUGUCAUUUGUCCGAGCACAGGAAACGCAGGCCGCACUAAGAGUUGUUUCCUGACCAGUUGUUGCUAUGCUACAGAAUUGGACUCCAAACGCAGAGAACAAAAUCCACGUGUCAAUCUUCAGGUUGUGCCUGACUCCAAGCUAAUUACCAACGUCCUUGAGAUUCGAGGAGACGGAUCUCUUUCAGACACAUACCGUUACAAAAUUCGAUCAGUACCAGAUACAGCUAAAAUGGAACUAAUGUACUUCGCUCCAGUCAGUCCAACAACUUCGGAAAUUUCAGGGAAGAAUAUCAGAACGUGUGCGUCAAGUCAAUCUGCAAAGACAGCGAACAAAUGGCCGCAUACAUCUAACGAAGUGAGUAUGAUACGUUUCAAUAAAACGCAUAAAAAUAUUGAGGCUGCAGCGCAGAUCAGCAGCUGGAAGUUGGAAGUUUGCUCCAUCGGAGAAAUCUUGCGUAGUUUUCAGCGCCGUCGCGACUCUUUGACUUUUGGGCACGUUGGCCGAGAAAUCCUUCUGGCGACGGCUAAUGAUGUUUUGGUCUCGUGGCUCUUUGCUGAAGCUGCUUAUGUGAAUCCUAGAAUAAUGCAAACGUCGUUUUCCAUUAUCUUGCUUUUCGUCUGGGAUUUUGCUUCUGCCCAGAUUCAUUACUCGAUUCCAGAAGAAUUAGAAUACGGCGCUUUUGUUGGGAAUAUUGCUAACGAUAUUGGAUUAGAUGUGAGAGAACUGUCCAUCCGUAGAUUUCGGAUCAUGUCAGCUGCAAAGAAGAGGUAUUUUGAAGUUAAUUUAAAGAAUGGUGUUUUGUUUGUUAAUGACAAAAUUGACAGGGAGCAGCUUUGCGGCCAAACUCUUAUGUGCUUACAAAAUAUCGAGAUUGUUACAGAAAAGCCCUUAAAACUGUACCGUGCUGAGGUUGAAAUACAAGAUAUCAAUGACAAUUCCCCCAGUUUUCCGCAGGAUGCGCUACGUUUGGAGAUUCUUGAGUCAACUCCGCCGGGAACUCGCUUUCCAUUACAGAGCGCGUAUGACCCUGACGUGGGUACAAAUUCUGUUCACACUUACAACCUCAGUCCAAACGAUCACUUCACGUUGGAUGUUCAAAACAGCAAUGAUGGAACUAAAAGUGUAUAUUUGCUACUUGAUAAAUUCUUGGAUAGAGAAAUACAAGCUGUUCAUACCUUACUUCUCAGUGCCUUGGAUGGUGGGAUUCCAGAACGAUCUGGUAAUGCCCAAAUUAUUAUCGCUGUCCUUGAUGCCAAUGACAAUGUGCCUGCGUUUGACAAGUCUGUUUAUUGGGUAAAAGUGAUUGAAAAUGUAAUCGAUAAUACAUUAAUUAUUAAUCUUAAUGCUACCGAUUUAGAUGAAGGCACAAAUGCAGAAAUAAUCUACUCUUUCAGCAGUUAUACUCCUGAAAGAUUGCAUGAACUGUUUAGUAUAGAACCUCACACAGGAAAAAUCACAGUUAAAGGAGUGUUGGAUUACGAAGAAGCCAACAUCUACGAGAUUAAUGUGCAAGCCAGAGACCAGGGUCCUCAUUCUGUUCCUGCAUAUUGCAAAGUUGUAGUGGAAGUUGUAGACACGAAUGACGUAGUACCUGAAAUGACGCUGAUGUCGUUAUCUAGCUCCAUAACUGAAAAUGCUACGAUCGGGACGAUGAUAGCUCUAAUGAGCGUAACGGAUCCGGAAUCUGGAGAAAAUGGCAAAAUUAGUUGUGAUGUUCCUAAUAACCUUCCGUUCCAGUUGAAAGCGUCUUUCAAGAACUCUUACAUGUUGGUUACUAAUGCGUUAUUGGACAGAGAAACUGUUUCUCAAUACAUAAUUAAUGUCAGUUGUUCAGAUGCUGGAUCUCCUCGUCUCUUCACCAACAAAAUCAUUGUGCUGGCGAUCUCGGACAUUAACGACAAUGCACCACGCUUCACAAAGUCAUCGUACACAGCCUAUAUAUCGGAAAACAACACGCCCGGAGGAACCAUCUGCUCAGUGACGGCUUUUGAUUCUGACCUCGGUGAAAGCGCUGACAUUUCUUACUCUAUUAUGGCGAGUCAGAUUCAAGGCAUGUCUGUCGCGUCCUUUGUAUCAAUUAAUUCAGAAAAUGGAGAAAUAUUUUCACAGCGUUCAUUUGACUAUGAGCAAUUUAAGAACUUUCAAAUCCACGUCCAAGCUCGUGACGCUGGAAGCCCACCCCUCAGCAGUAAUGUUAUUGUAAAUGUAAUAAUCCUCGACCAAAACGACAACUCUCCUGUCAUUGUAUCUUCUCUGUCAAAAAAUGGAACACACGUAAUGAUGCCUCGAUCUGCACAUCCAGGUUACCUGGUGACAAAAGUGACUGCAGUGGAUGCGGAUUCUGGACAGAAUGCCAGAUUGAUUUAUCAAUUGAUCCAAUCUACUGAUCGAACUCUUUUUACUGUUGCACGUAAUUCGGGAGAAAUCAGAACAAUGCGAGUCUUUGAAGAGAGAGAUUCAAUUACACAAGUACUUGUAAUCUUGGUAAAGGACAAUGGUCAUCCUUCCCUCUCCACUACUGUCACAGCUACAUUGUCACUGAUGGAUGAGACUGCUGCAAUUAUGUCAGAUUUUAGCAAUCAGCCCCAAAAUAUUGAGCAGUCCACGGAUUUGGCAAUCUAUAUAAUAAUAUCGCUAGGGACAGUCUCAUUCGUCCUUCUUUUGAUAAUAAUUGCGCUCAUUACCACAAUGUGCCACAACAGCAAUGAUCAAAAUGAUGAUUGCUCUCUGAUCACUUGUUUUGGACGUGACAUUACAAACAAUACAUCGAAGCAGUCUCACGUAAAUCUUCGGAUAGCCCCCAAUGUUCAACCAACUGCAAAUGUUAUGGAAGUUCGUGGAACUGGGUCACUCUCUGAAACUUACUGCUUGUUUCGUCCAACAACUGAACCUGAGAACGGGAACUGCGUACUUCUCACCCCUUUCGGUUCAGCAACGCGUAGAAGCAAUAACAAGAAUGCUGACGUGUAUUUCUUAGAGUGCAAUCAGCAGACGAAACAAAAGCCUAAUAUUGUCAGUGAGGUGGCCAAAGGCUGCACUAGCACAUUGGAGGUGGUGCUGGAUCCCUUCAUCAAUAAUUACUUUGGCCAUCAGAACACUCCAGAGGUACUGGAAAUGGUCAACAUUCCAUAA